AUGAAAUUGUACUAUGAGCGAGUGGCGAAAUUCGGGGUCAACAUUCUGCCGCCGGUCAAGUCGCGGUCGUUCCUGGGCCUGGUGUGGGAUGCGCUGCACGACAAAAUGCUGAUUCUUCUGGUGGUCGCGGCGAUCGUGUCCCUGGGCAUCGGCAUCUACCAGGACGUCAGACCGAACCCGGACCCGGAGGACAGCGAAGACGUGCACUGGAAGGAGAAGCAGUUCCGCCGCCUCAACGCCAAAAAGAACGACCGGCGGGUGCGGGUGACGCGCGGCGCACAGGAGCGCCUGGUCUCGACCAACUGCAUCAUGGUCGGCGACAUUCUCCACAUUGAGCCCGGAGACAUUCUGUGCGCCGACGGAGUCGUCGUAUCGGCAUCCAAUCUCAAGUGCGACGAGAGCUCAGUCACGGGCGAGAGCGAUGCGCUAAGGAAGCGCUGUCUGGAGGAGGCCGACCAGGCCAACGCCGAUAGGCGCAAGGAGCGCCAGAGCAGGCGGCGGAGCUGCGCGCCAAGCGCCGCGAGCAGCGGCCACGGUCGCCAGCGGCGCGCCUGCCCCGAGAAGCCAAAGCCCAAGGCGUCCAGCAAGAACGCCGACCCGUUUUUGAUCUCGGGCAGCCGCGUGCUGGAGUCAUUCUACGGCCGCACGCUGAUGUCGCUGCGCAAGGAGAACGAGCCCACGCCGUUGCAGGCCAAGCUCAACGAUCUGGCCGAGCUCAUUGCCAAGCUGGGCGGCGGCCGGUCUGCUGAUUUCGGUCGCCAUGAGGUGUCGCAUGAAGCCACCAAGGUCGUCGACAACGUUGUGCGCAUCGUCAUUACUGCCGUCACCAUCAUCGUGGUGGCGGUGCCCGAGGGCCUGCCGCUGGCCGUGACGCUAUCGCUGGCUGUGGCGACCACCGCAUGCUCAAGGACAACUGCCUGUACCAGUUCAGCUCGUACCCGCCGGCACCUCGGCCAUGCAGCGCCGUCGCGCCAGACAGCCGCCCUCAGACGGGCUGGUCACCGACAUGACUGGCCGUGCGGUUGCUCCGACAAGGCCGUGCUUCCCACACUGCUUGAAACCGAGACCCGUCGCCAGCGCCGCCUGCGCGACCGUCGCCAGCGCCACCAGCGCCGCCGUCUGGGCCGCAUGGGCUCGUCGGGGUUCUCGUCAUCAAGCGCCAUGACGCCAUUGUCGGAUGCCUCGCCCAGUGUCUCGGGCAUCUCGGACCUCAGCGAUUUCAGUGACGACGAGGACCUGAUCAUCCCCACUGCCGAGCUGGCCGAGGAGGCUCCGCAUGCGAUCAUGAGCCUCUGCCACGACGCAAUCGCCGUCUGCUCGACUGCCUUCAUUCCAGCCGACGACUCCUCGUCCGCCCCAGCCUCCCAUGGAGCGUUGGCCAGCAAUGAGGAGAGCAGCGAGGCCAAUGCGCAGGUUUCUAGCGCCGACAAGUUCACCGGGUCAAAGACCGAGACCGCCAUGCUGUCGUGGUCAGAGAUUCUGGGUGCCCCCAGCUACACGCAGCUGCGCGAAGACGAUGUUGAGCGCAGCGUGCAGAUCCGCCGCCGCGAGGACGGCAAGUCCAUUUGGCGCCUGUACGUCAAGGGUGCUCCCGAGAUGAGGCAGGACCGUGAGGAAAUCAUGAACCAGCAGGCCAGCUCGAACCCCUCAAUGAGCAACUACAGCGGCGAUGAUGAGGACGCCCCCGCCUUCGCCUCUGUUGCCAUGCCCAGCAUCCCGCAAAUCAACCUCGAGAACGACAGCGACGAGGACAAUCUUGAGCCGAACAUGCCCGCGCUGGCCACCGGCGACUCGUCGUACCUGCUAUCUGCCCACUACACGGGCUCGCAGAACAUCGGCUCGGACACCACCGACGUCAACGACGACGCAUAUGCCCUGAACUUCCCGCCGGACUUUGCCCAUAACCCGGCGAUCCCGGCGCUGCCUCUGGACGACGAGACUCUGCGCGACCUCCGCCGCACCGUUGCCCACUACGCGUCGCGCGCCCUGCGCACCAUCGGCGUGGCUACCGCGACUUUGAGAGCUUUGACGAGGCCCGGCUGCGAGCUGCGCGACUCGGCCGGUCUGGUCUGCCUGGGCAUCUUCGCCAUUGAGGACCCAUUGCGCGACGGCGUCACUGAUGCCGUCAGGCGCUGCCAGAACGCCGGCAUUAUCGUCCGCAUGGUUACCGGCGACAACGUGCUGACUGCCCGUGCCAUCGCCACGCAAUGCGGUAUUUACACGCCGGGCAUGGGCGGAAUCGUCCUGGAGGGCCCCAAAUUCCGCCGUCUGAGCCCCGAGCAGAUGGACGUCAUUGUUCCGCGCCUACAGGUUCUGGCGCGCUCGUCGCCCGAGGACAAGCGCAUGCUGGUCGAGUGGCUGCGCACACACGGCGAAGUGGUCUCGGUCACUGGCGACGGAACCAACGACGGCCCUGCCCUGAAGGCUGCGAAUGUCGGCUUCUCGAUGGGCAUUGCCGGAACAGAGGUUGCCAAGGAGGCCUCGUCAAUCGUCGUCAUGGAUGACAACUUCAAGUCCAUUGUGCGCGCCUGCAUGUGGGGCCGUGCUGUCAACGACUCGGUCAAAAAGUUCCUGCAGUUCCAAAUCACCGUCAACGUCACUGCCGUGCUCAUUGCCUUUGUGUCGUCCAUUGUCGACAAGGAGCAAAAGUCGGUCUUCACUGCUGUCCAGCUGCUGUGGAUCAAUCUGAUCAUGGACACCUUUGCCGCCCUUGCCCUGGCCACCGACCCGCCCAGCGAGGAGCUGCUGGACCGGUACCCCGAGAAACAGGGCUCGCCCUUGAUUACCUUCACCAUGUGGAAGAACAUCAUUGGCCAGUCCAUCUUCCAGGUCGUUGUGUGCUUCCUGACUCUAUAUGCCGCCGACGACAUCUUCCACCUGCACACUGUCGAAAGCAGCUACGACAUGCUGGUUCUGCGCACUCUGGUCUUCAACACCUUUGCCUGGAUGCAAAUCUUCAACGAGUUCAACUGCCGUGUGCUGCACAAUGAGGUCAUCAUCAUCCAGUGGGGUGGCGCCGCCUUCCAGACCACUGCGCUUAGCGCAAAGUACUGGGCCUUUUCGAUUGUCGGCGGAUUCGUUGCGCUGCCUGUCGGCCUAGUGCUGCGACUGGUUCCCGACCAGCUCAUCUGGUGGAUGAUGCCGUUCAUUCCUCAGGACAUCUACAAGACCCCGCCAAUCUUGAGUGGCAGCCGCCAGCGCAAACUGUCCAGAGCAAGCUGA